UGUUGGUCGAAUAGAGAACGGAAUAGACCUCUAUAAGAACUACAUUUCCCAGAAGCGCCAUGGAUCUGUUUCCCGUUAUUCUCGAGACCGCCAGCAUUACACACUACAGCUGUAUCAAAGUUAAUAUUCCCACUGAGACCUGACAAUGACAGAGCGAGUCAACAACUUCCCGCCUAUGCCCAAGUUUUUGCGCAUUAAGCCGUGUUUCUACCAAAAUGUUGACGAGGAAAUUCCCCAACCUCACCAACAGAUUGUUCGCAGAGUUUACAAGCUUUGGAUGUUGUACUCGAUUACACUCUGCGUCAACCUGGUGUCUUGCAUAGCUUGGGUGGCAGGCGGCGGCAGUGCAGUUAACCUUGGGCUUGGUCUCCUGUGGCUUGUAUUGUUUAGUCCCUGCGGUUACACCUGCUGGUUCAGACCACUUUACAAGGCAUUUAGGGCUGACAGUUCAUUUAACUUCAUGGCGUUCUUCUUCAUUUUCUUCCUUCAAUGUGUUCUUGCUUUCAUUCAGACCCUGGGAAUAAACAACUGGGGUGCAUGUGGCUGGAUAGCUACGGUGAUGUUUUUCAGCACUAAUGUGGGCUCUGGUGUGGUUAUGCUCUUCUCCGCUCUGCUCUUCACUGUAGUCACUGUGCUUAUGGGACUGGUUCUGAUCAGGAUUCACAGGUUAUACCGUGGUGGUGGAGGCAGCCUUCAGCGUGCCCAGGAAGAAUGGAGCACCGGUGUGUGGAAGAAUGCCCCUGUGAGAGAAGCUGGCUUCAAUGCCAUUGCUGAGACCGGCCCCAGUCUCCCCCAAUACCCCGCUUCUGUGCCCAGCUACCCAGAAAACAGGCCGUGGUGAUAAACCACUCCGGACUCCAGAUGGAGCCAGAAUGCUCCUUUCUCCCUGCGCGUUAUUCAUCUCAGUCAUCUCAUGCUUCUGUGUGAACAGCAUGACUGUGAAAUGCUGACAAUACAGAAAAAGGACUUUAAAAAUCCACUGUACAUAUUUGUUAACAAGCUGCACCACAAAAGUGUCUGCAUAAGAAACAUCUCAAUUACAUUCUGAUUGAUGUAAAUAAUAUUACUGUAUAAACACAAUCAAUUGGAUUGAUGCUGCACACAUUAAAGUAGGGGCAGCUUUUCCAGAGCCUUUCACUAGAAAUGUGAGAAGUGUAGUACUUUAAAUCACAACAAUGAUAUUUAUUUUGCCAAACGAUGCCUUACAUAACACAAUCCCCAUACAGCAUUACCAUGAUUUAUUAUCUUUUUCAAUUAUUUUAAAAGGUAUAUUCUUUUGAUUUGUCAGAAAUUGAUGUUAUUUGUCUGGCCUUUUCAUUCACCGAAGAUGUGCAUUGGCAUUGCAUGCUUUUCAGCUUGCCAAGAACAUUUCAUUUUUUUUCCAUUUAAGUGCAGCUUUUUGUCCCCCAGUUUUUCUCUCUGCUGUUCAGAAUUUCUGCCUCAGCUCCUCAAUUUCUAUAUUAUAUCUAGCAUGUGUGAAGAAUGAACUUCAUUCUAUUUAGCAUGUUUGAAAAUAUAUAAAUAUCUUUUUCAGUUGCCAAAAGUUUUGCAAGUGGAUAUCCAUUUAGGCAGAAAUAUUAUUAUUUGAUAUGUGCUGUUCCUACUAUCUGCUUUCAGAUAACCACUACUUUUGAUUUCAGUGCCCUGCUGAUCAGAUAUCCAUUCCUUUAGCUGAUGUUGCAGCUGUCUAACAUUCUUAAUUGUGUAAUGUUCCUUUUAGGAGCAGUAUGUUUACAGAGUGGCCAUGUGAACCAAGGUUUGAGGGAUUAUGAGUGCAGAACUUUUUCAUUACUUGAUUUAACAUGAGUAAUAACGUUAAUUAUGGUUUGAUAAGAUGAAUGUGUAAAAUAGACGACUAACUUGUGGCAAUUUAAUAAAAACAUUCUUUUUGAA